CCGCAGCACAACGAGCAAACGGAAACCGGAAACGGAAGUGGAAAAGGCAGUGGCUACACAGCACAGUUUAUCGGGCAGAGAACCGAAAGCAGACAGCCAACAACUGAGAACUGAGCGCAGUGAAGUGUUUGUUUUCGGCGUUAUCAGUGGAUGCACGCGUUUCCAGCUCUGAUUGUUGGGAUCAGGAUAGGGUUUGGGGCUCCGAUUCGGAAUUCAGUACAGGACCCGGAGGGACGGAGGAGGCGGCGAGCCGGAGAGGCGUGUCACUAGCAGGUGGCUGAGCCGGUUAACCAGAGUCCGACGGCAAAAACCUCCUCUCAGCCAACAAAAAAACAUAACAAAAAACACUGGGCCAUAAUUAACCGCUUGCCACAAGCCGCACCGAGGAAAAGCAAAUACCAAAAUCAAAGCAGAAAAAAUCAGUAAAGGGGAAGAGCAAAGGUUGAGUAAAAUGCGGCCUAAAUGCUUUGGCAAUUAUGCCAAAAUUGUUAACAAAAUGCUAAAAGUAUCCAACUAAAUAAAAGCGACAAAAGGAAACCGCAGGACUUACAAAGGAUCCAGGGAUAGGCGACGACAGGUGGUCGCUUUUGAAGACUACUCCUUCGAUUCACUUGGGGCAUAGUUUCGACUGAGGCCCGAAAAUCAUCCCCUUCGAUUGCCGAAAAGCAACAGAGCUCAAGAACCGAACCCCAAACCAGACCCUAGCCCAAAUUGAAACCUCAAUAGAAAAACACAGAAAACGGAAGCAGCAACAAAAACUCACUUGGGCUGCCAUCCAAAUCAACGGCUGUCAGACAAAAAGUCGCUUUUUAUUGAUUUUUAUAAAGCCAAGCAAGCGGGAAACACCAAAAAGCAAUGAACAGCAAAGAAUAAUAACACAAAGCCGCAGCAGAGAAGUAGAAACAAAAUACGAAUAAAAAUAAAAACAAAAAGUGAACGCAAUGUGAAUAAUUCCCCAGUUGAACAGAGGCGAGCACGAAACGGAAAAACUGUUGCCCCGCCUUCCCCCACUACCCAUUUUCCCAUUUCCCCCGAACCACCACAUCGGGAUCCCCCAACUAUAUAAUAUACCAAUAUACCAUACUAUCGGAACGUUCAUCAAAUGCGAUUCAAUUCGAUGACGAUUCAAACAGGAGACACCGGAGCGACGGACGCACAGGGGGCCCCAUAAAAAUGUGUUAUAAAAAUAUACACGCAUAAAUUUCUCCUCCUCCUUCUGCCACCCCCCUCAACACAAGGACAUAGAUAUAUACAGUAUAUCCCAGCCUGGUUGGGGAAAAUUUAAUGCAAAUGUCAUUGACAAAGUCAAUUAGCAGGAAAGCCAACGAAACGAGCGGAAAUGCUGUAGCUGCACAAUUGAAAAUUCGAAAAUUGAUUAAGGGCAGUACGCAAAAACACGAAACGGGAGUGCGGGAUCAAAAGCAAGACUGAUUUUAAGUUUAGUUAGAUUAUUUUUAACAACCCAAGGAGGAACAACUACUUUGUGGGGCUGAGCCGAAACUGCAACAACGAAUUGGCCAAGUGGAAAGCGUAGCAACGAGGAAAAGCACCCAUAGGGAAAGCAGAGGAAAACAGAGGAAAAGCGGCAACAAAGCAGCUAAGACAACAAAAGCAACGACAUCCAACAAAGGCAACCGGAUCCAUUCGAAAGCAUGUUUGUGUUCAUAGUAGUGCUGUUUGUUAACGCUUGCCUAGCGGGCACCAUUCCGGCUACGCCGGAGAACAUAACCGUUACGUUCCUGACGCCCACGGCGGUCCGAGUGUCGUGGCAGACGCAAAUCGAUCUGAAGGCACAUCCCAUCGAGAAGUACAUCGUGACGUACAAGCCGACGGAUGACAGUUACAGGGUUGUACAGGACGUCGCCGGCAGCAGCGAGGCCAUUGUCCUGGAUCGCCUGCUGCCCAGCACACAGUACUCGCUCGUUGUGACGGCCAUCUGGCAGGGCAAGAAGUACCGCAGUCGCGGUCAGAUCAAGUUCAAGACGCUGGAUCUGCCCAAAAACACCUCGCAGCAGGACUUCCCGCCGGGUAUCUUUGGCAAUGGGAGCAACGGUUCUCGCAACGGAAGCACUAAUUCCACCAUCUUCGGCGAGGAUGUGACCUCCACGGCCACCAACACCCUGACGCAUGGCACAACCAGGGAAUUGCCCACUAUUCGCGGCGUGGAGAUCGGCAUUGUCCUGAUCGUGCUGAUGGUCUGGGCUGGAGCCAUAGCCCUGUUCUUCAACCGGUGGGGCAAGAUCCGGAUGUUGCUGCCCUACCAGCCAGACUACAAGCACGAGCAGCUGAAGGUGCCGGGCACGGGGGUCUGCAGUGCCAGCGGAUGCAAUGGACAGCACUCGCACCAGAACCUACACCCCGAUUUCUUUGUCAAGUUCGACAGCAGUGAAUGUGCCCACCCACCGUUGCACUGCAAUAGUCGCCACAUCCACAUGCUGGCCGAGGAGCACUCCACCUCCAUCUCGGAGCGCUGCACCCGCAGCAGGAUCAACUCGGCCAUAUUCGUGUCCUCGGAGGGGCGCGGCUUCGACUCCAUCGAGUUCCUGCGCCGCCACGGAUCCCAGAGCGUCCUCUGCAGGAAGGCCAAGAGUGCCGAGAACAUCACGGACAACGGGCGGCGGAGGAGCCUGCGACCCUGGCGCACCGACGACGACUCCUGUAAGCAGCAGCACCUCUCGCAGGACAGCAACGACAUCGAACUGAAGGAGUGCGGCGGCGCUGGCGGGGAACUGCUCCGCCUGCCGGUCAUCCACGAUGGCAAACAGUCGCCCUCGGCCGUGACCAGUCUGCUGGCGCGAUCGGCGGCCAUAACCACGGCCAAUAUGAUUGUGGGCAGCAUUUCGCUGGAGGCACCGCCACCCUACAUGCAGGACGACGAGGGCGAUACGUUGUCCACGGCGGCACUCAUCCACAGCGAUGCUGCGGCCGUGGUCCACGAAUCCCAGGACUCGGCGGAGACGGUGGAGGAGCUGGUCCAUGUGCCGCUCCUGGCCAGUGCAACGGCUACGGCCAGCGUGUCGGCCUCCUCCUCGCCCAGCAUUGCCAUCGAGGCCAAGCCGCGGGUUCUGGUGCACCAGCGAUCCUCGACCGCCUCCUCGUCGCCGCACAGCAGCCCCAAGAACCUGGGUGGCCUGGGACUCAAGAUCAUCAAGCCCAAGAUCAGUGCCGUGCCAAUGGUUUCCGUCUCGGGUCCCUCGCCGCCCAUCGAGAAGCCACCUCUGGCCGAGUGUUUGUAACAAAUGGCAGCCGAAACAUUUAUCUAAGCUCGCGCUCAAGGCAACUGGACCCUGGAUCCUGGACAGCCCUUACAAAUCCAACACUCCCAGACAAAGCACCCAAUCCAAAUCCUUCUUUAAGUUCUACGAUGAGAUAGUUGAGAUGGAGAAAGUAUGCCAGCUGCUCAAAUAAGUGUUUCGGUGAGAGGCUUUAGAAAGCAGAAUGCGAAAACGAAAGUGCAAGAACAAGACGUAUAUAGUAAUAGGAUAGAAACAAAAAGAUAUUGUACCAGUGGUCAUCACCAGGCAAGGAAAGCUUUGUAUAUUCAACAACGACUGAACUAUACACAUAUGUACAUUAUAAACGAAAACAAUGGUAACCUGUAUAACUUUUUAGGUCGAUUAUGGUGUAUGUGUGUAUACAUACCUAUUAACUGAUAAAUCAGCUUUAACAACAAACAAGUAAACUAUCAGGCUUUAAUGUAACGACGAUGAUGAAUUUCUGGUUUAACCUAGUUUGUAGACUCACCUAGCUGUUGAAACAAGUAAAUCAAUUCUCUUUAAUUGUUCUCCUAUACAUAUAGCCAAAAAAAAAACAAACCACUUGGGCACCACAACUGUUAUACACGCGAUCUAUAUAGAUUUACUAUACUAUACAUAUAUAUAUUUAUACACCCAGUAAAAUUACGUAUAAGCGAUUUAGAGCCCCGCGAGAAUUCACAGGGUUCCAAUCAUUUGUCCUCAGAAAGUUUGGUUAUUUCAAUGUUUCUAAUCGCUCAGUAGCUCAUUAGAUAUGUACCCUCAAAGACUCGCUUCGAAAAAACUAAGGAACUCUGUGGUUCAUGCAGGGCCUCAUUUCGUACUUUAGAGGUAUUCGGACACAUGCUAUACACCUAGCUUUUAACUUUAAGAUAAUGAAAUCACAUAGUCCAAAUGUUACUUGCUAACAUAUCAGAUACUCUACUGUACCCACGACCAAAACGAAACGUUUGAAACUGUAAUCUAGUCCAUAAUUAGCUGUAAGUAUCCUAUUACCAAACUAUAUAAUAGAUGUAGUUUUUGUCAAGUAAGUUCUCUGGAUGACUUCAGAGUGUUUUUAAAACCAGAUUCUUACAUGUAUUUCGUGUAGAUGUUUCUGUAGCUCGAACCUUAACCUAUACAAAGAAUUGUAUCUGAUGUUAAGCUAAUAUAUUGGUGGAUUUAUAAAAGUUUAUAUAGGAACGUUACUAUAGGAAUCUCCAGCUAGCACCCAAACCCAUUUGCUCCCGCUCACUGAUUUAGGUAGUCUCUAUACAUUUUAGUUAUGAUACUCCAAAUUUUAUCUAUCCACCUACGCGUUAGGCACUUGAAAUCAAUCCUAUCCACUUCGUUUGAAUAAUGAAAUACAACAAAUGUAAAUACACAUUGCACUUGUACCUACAGCAACUGGAAUACUCUUCAGUGGAACACAAACGUUGUUAUUAAGGAAUUGUCAAUUUAUGGUCCAAAGCUACAAUAAAUAGAACAUCAUUUGGAUGGGUCAGCAGUAAGCUUAACUAAGUUCUAGUUUACGUUCAAUUCGCUAACACAAAACAAAAGUAAAACUGUGUGAAUGUGUAUUUUUGAAAUCAAAUAAACGAAUUACAUAAA